UCGCGCGUCGGCACAUCUGCCAAUAUGGCUCGGAAACAAACAGUCCGCCAGAUUUUUGUGGUUUCGGGUCUGGCGCUGUGCAGCUUAUCCGACGGAUUUAUAUUCGGUCAAAUGUCAGGGAUGUUAAACGCCUUGCAUACGAGCGACAACUCUGUACCAUUGACUGACAAUGACCUUUCCUGGAUAGCUUCUACGAUAAACAUUUCCUGCUUCUGCGGUUUCGGUGUAAUGACAGCUUUGACCGAAAUAUAUGGACGAAGAAAAAGCAUAACGAUAAUGUCUGUACCUGUGCUAAUUUGCUGGUUAAUGGUGUACUUCGCACAAGACAGAGCAACCCUAUUGGCAUCGAGAGUUAUAGUUGGGAUAUCUUACGGAGGUAUAUUGCUAUUGACAUACAUUAAUAUUGGCGAGUACGUCUCUCCAAAUUGUAGGUCUUUAACCUUAAAUAUGACGUCAUGUAUUGGUUCUACUUUGGGUACAAUGUUGGGCCACAUUUUAAGCAUCAUUUUGCACUGGAGAUACGUUGCUCUAAUAGGCAUGAUUCCUACAGCGAUAUCAGGAGUUCUACCUCUGUUUUGGGUCGAAAGUCCCUCUUGGUUAGCCACCAAAAAACGAUUUCAAGAAAGCGAAAGAGCAUUUAAAGCCCUACACAUACCUUGUGAAGCAUCUGAUCGUGAAUUAAAAGCUCUGUUAGAAGAUCAAAGGACAGGACAUACAAUGAAUGAAAACGAUACCAAUUCUUUAGUUUUGUUAAUGAAGAGAUAUUAUAAGGCUAGUAAAAAAAAGUACUUUUGGAAAACGGCGGGAGCACUUUUAGUUAUUAAUAUAUAUAGGAUUACAGCUGGUCGAAUAUUGUUAAGUACUUUAGCAAUAACAAUGAUACAGGAUAUCUCAGGCAGUUCAGAUAUUCUACAAUAUACUUUAGUCGUCGAUGGAUUUGGAUUGUUAGGUGCUUGCAUUUCUUGUAUAAUUGUGAGUAAAUUUAAAAUGAGAAGUAUUUUAUUUGUAUCUGGAGUAAUAGCAAAUCUAAUACAGAUAGUAUUAGCUAUUUGCCUUUAUGCGUGGCUCGACGAUGGCGAUAAGGCGUGGCCAAAAGUCGUUUUACUAGCUUUGUACCUUAUAACAGUGACGGCGGGGCCGUAUUCUGUACUUGAGACAUUACUGUCGGAAUUGCAUCCUCUAGAAAUAAAAGCGAUUAAUACCUUUAUUUUUGGUGCCGUUUGUGGUAUCAUGCAGUUUUUAAAUAUCCAAUAUGCUUUGAGGAUGUUCUCAUCAAUAGGAUAUCAUGGAGUUUUCUUUUUACAUGCGAUUCUGAUAUUUUUGUGUCUGAUAUAUCUUUUUAUAUAUUUACCCGAAACCAAAGGAAGAACUUUGCAGGAAAUAGAAUUUUACUUUAAGCACAAUACUUUUGGUAAGAAUAAUAGCAUCUCAGAAAAAGAGAUGGAGAUUUUAAAUAGAAAUGAGAAUUAUAGAUAAUGAAUGGUAUUCUAACGUAUACUUAUAAGUUAUAACAAUAAUUUGUAGUGACUUAGAAAAAAAUAUUUGUUAAGCAAUUAAUCAAAGUGAUCUUUAAAAUAUUGAGUUAAUCUUAUCCUGAUUUUUAUAAAUGAUUUUUAAUUACAGUUCGUUUGGUAUUGGUAUUGUCUCUCUG